AUCAGUGCCAUCAUGCCCCGCCCCGCCUAUCAGCAUCUCCAGUCGGUGUAGAGGAGCAGUGAGUCUGGAGGAGCAGCAGCAGGCAGAGACACAGCGGCUCCACAGCGGCUCCACAGCGGCCCCGCGUACCGUCCUACACUCAAGAGCUGCUCUCCACCACCCAGGCAGGCAGUGGAGGUGAUGAUGGCGGCGGCUGUAGAGAGAGGAGGCGUCCGGGCCGCUUUCCUGAACCCGAGCAGCGGCGGCGGCGGUGGACCAGCACCGACCACAACUCUGCUCCCCAUCGGAGGAGCGUUAUCCGGGGCUGUGGUCCUGGGCUCGGGCUCCGGCUCCGGGGGCAGCAGCAGCAUGCCUGUACCCAUGAACCUCUUCGCGACCUGGGAGAUAGACCGAUCAUCCCCCAGCUGCGUGCCCAGGCUUUGCAGCCUCACGCUGAAAAAACUGGUCGUCCUCAAAGAACUGGAUAAAGAGCUGAACUCCCUGUCUAUAGCUGUCAAAAUCCAGGGUUCGAAGCGUCUUCUGAGAUCAAAUGAAUACGUCCUCCCACCCAGUGGACUGAUGGAGACAGACCUGGAGCUCACAUUCUCACUACAGUACCCCCAUUUUCUGAAGAGGGAUGCCAACCGACUGCAGAUAAUGCUGCAGAGGAGGAAACGCUACAAGAAUCGAACCAUCCUGGGCUACAAAACUUUGGCUGUUGGAGUUAUCAAUAUGGCCGAGGUGAUGCAACACCCGACAGACGGAGGACAGAUUCUGGGUCUCCAUAGCAACGUGAAGGAGGCGCCAGUGCGUGUGGCGGAGAUCAGCGUGUACUCUCUGUCCAGCCAGCCCAUCGACCACGAGGACGGUAGCGGCCAGGCUGGCCGCAAGACCAAAACCUCAGACCGCUCCCCAGACAUGGAUAACUAUUCCGAGGAAGACGAUGACAGCUACUCGUCAGAGCAGGAAGCCAGCGAUGACGCAGUUCAUGGCCAGGAUCUUUAUGAUGAAGACGACGAGGUCAGGAAGCCCAAGAAAGCCCGGAGGAAAAUGAUCCGAACCACGUCCAUGACCAGGCAACCUAACUUCAAGCAGAAGUUUGUGGCCUUGCUGAAGAGGUUCAAGGUAACAGAUGAGGUCCUGGACUCUGACCCAGUUGACCAGACCCAGGAAGUGGAGGAGGAUCUGGACUUACUCUACGACAGUCUGGAGGUGUACAACCAGAGUGACAGUGGGCCAGAGAUGGAGGACAACGAGAGCGUCCUGAGCACGCCCAAGCCCAAACUCAAGCCGUUUUUUGAAGGGAUGUCUCACUCCAGCUCUCAGACAGAAAUUGGAAGCAUACACAGCCAAAAAAGCCAGCAGAGAGAGCUGUCGUGUCCUAGUGGAGACUUUCUGACCGUGGACAGAUGUAAAGUGCAAGGGGCCCGUUAUCAAGAUGACAGCAUCACAGAUACAACCGUCGGGGAGCCAGAGACUGACGACAGCGGGCCAGUGCCGGGGGAGGUGAGCAGCUGGGAUGUCAACACUGAACGGAUAACCAGCACUGUUGGCAAGCUCUGCAAGACGGAGUCCCAAAACCACAUGUCUCCCAGUAAAGUGGAGAACAGGCUGCAGAGGCGUCCUCGCAGCACCUCCAUGAAAGACAGACAGAACUCCAAGGCCCAGAGCGACAGGACCAGCAGCAUGGAGAGCGAGUGCUCACCAGACUCACGACUCAUAGCACAGGUUCCCAGGAAGUCUGUGUAUGACCAGCUGAACCAGAUCCUCAUCUCUGACGAACGUCUGCCAGAGAGCAUCAUCCUCAUCAACACCAUGGAGUGGCAAGGACAGUAUGUAUCGGAGUUGCUCCAUGAACAGGGCCAGCCCAUUGUGUCCACCUGCUCUGCUGCCGAUGUUCAGGCUGCCUUCAACACCAUCGUUACUCGCAUCCAGAGAUUCUGUAACUGCAAUGCACAGACACCACCGACGAUGAAGGUGGCCGUGGCAGGCGACCAGAGUUACCUCAGCACCAUCCUGAGGUUCUUUGUGGAGCAGCUGGCCAACAAGACGCCUGACUGGCUCAGUUACAUACGCUUCCUGGUGAUCCCCAUAGGUUCUCAUCCCCUGGCAAAGUAUGUGGCCUCCUUUGACAGCAGGUUCAACAGCAUCUUUAUGGACACUGCGUGGAGGGAGCUGUUCUGCAGGACGGAACGGCCCGCCUCAGACAACAUAGAUGUAGCAGGACGAGUCGUUCAGUAUCUGGUCGGUGCCAACGUGUCCCACCAGUUCCCCAUCUCAGAAGCAAUGCUCACCUACAAACAGAAGAGCCCUGAUGAGGACUCCUGUCAGAAAUUUGUGCCGUUCAUUGGGGUUGUGAAAGUUGGGAUUGUGGAGCAAAGCCUCUCAACUUCAGUGGACUCAGAUGAUGCGAUGGGGGUCAACACAAGCAUCCUGUCCUCCCCAACGCCCCCAUCGGCCGGUCCGUAUGGGAAGGAAAUCGGGGGUACCCCCCCACAGUCUCCCUCUGUGUCCACCGCCCUCUCUGGAGCUGGCUCUCCGUGUUCGGGCAGUGAGGUGAUGGGUCUCCAGGUGGACUACUGGACGUGGCAAGGCCCGGAGAAGAAGAAAGAGGGCGAUAAGAGAGACGUGGGACUGAAGAACACCCUGAAGAGUAACUUCCGUUCACUGCAAGUCAGCCGCCUGCCCUGUGGAGGGGAACUCACCCCCCCACCCAGCAUGGCCAUGACUGUCGUCACCAAGGAGAAGAACAAGAAAGUGAUUUUUCUCAGCAAGAAGCCCAAGGAGAAAGAGCUGGACUCUAAGAGCCAAGUGAUUGAUGGCAUCAGCAGGUUGAUCUGCACAGCCAAGCACCAGCACACCAUGCUGAGAGUCACUAUUGAUGGAGUGGAGUGGAAUGAUGUGAAGUUUUUCCAGCUCGCUGCCCAGUGGCCAACACAUGUCAAGCACUUCCCGGUGGGAAUCUUUGGUUACACUAAGCCUGUGUGACCGUGGCCGCCACCACCACCCACUCCACCUCCACCUCCACCUCCACCUCCACCAGACUCUCCGCUGCACUUCGUCUCACUGAGAGGCUUCAGAGAAUGAGAGGAAAAGCCAACGGGCCCCCGGCAGUAAUAGUUUUCCUGUGGAAAUCUUACUGACUCACAACCACAAAUUUCAUGUUGUCAAUUGGAUGUUUUUGAUGUCGAUGUUGUUGGGUGUUGUUGUUGUUUUUUACACACUACAAAAAGAACAAGUACUAUUUUGUAAGAUUUGUGCUACCGCCUCGGAGGUAUUUUGAGGUAUUUUGACAAUUUGCCACAUUUCGAUAAUGGCAGCUGUGUUUGCACUUUGUUUUUGUUAACAUUUUAUUAUUUCUGUGAAAUCCUACAUUUAUUGUUACUCUAUAGACAAUGGAGGAGUGUGAUGGUGAUGUGCAGUGGCGUGUGUGAGAUUGUUUGAGACCGUGUUUGUGUUUGUUGUUGAAAGUUGGAAUAUUGCUGUGAAUCUAGAUGGAAACCUUCUCUUCUAACUCAGUGCUCAGUUUUCUUACUCGUCCCUUUACUUUCUCAAAAACAAAGGUCAAUUUUUAUAGAAAGGAACAGAAAGUUCUGUUUGCCUCGUUGCUUUUAAGCACAUAAAGCAAAUAUUAAAAAACAAAACAACAACUAAAGCUAGGUAUUUUUGAAGGUAGCUAUAAUGAAUGUAGCUAUGGAGCAUUUGUAACCGUUCAUCUAAUCAGUUCAUUAUCGUUAAGUGCUUUUGUAUCGGUGUUAGUGUACAUUCAGACUGUACAGUAACAUCUACUUAGCAACAGGGUAACGUGAAACCAUAUUUCAACUAUCAACAGCUGAAUGCCAAAUUUAGUUUUGACUGUAUGAAUUGUCGUGUUGUUUCAAGGUCCUGAAUUGUUUCUUCAGUUUCCCAGCCGCCCCGUGUUCAGUUCACCUGAGAGGGGACGCCUCACAGACCUGCAGGAACUUGGCAAAUACUGGAUGUCUCCAGAUGUGCAGUGAUGUGCCAAAGUCAAGUUCGUUUUACAGUGUAACCACCGGAGCUCUUGGCUUGGCCAAAACUUUAUAGUAUGUUGAACUAAAAUCGUAAUGUAUUUCAUGGUCCCUGUGGAGAUCAGUAUUUAGAUUUACUGAGAUAUUCAUUUGGACAAAUAGUGCUCCACAUUUGGCUAAAUGUAAUCAAGCAUUUACAAAAACGUGUGCACAUCCUAUUUAAGCAAUUACCUUUGUGUCCUUUAUAACCGCUUCACCGUGGCUGAACCUGCAACUAGUACCCAACCUAAAACAUACUGAUAGGUUGCUCCGUCUGUAUUGUGUCGGCCUGUUAUUGUGGGGAAAAACUACAAAUUAGUAGGACUUGAAACAUGUUUUGACAGUCGUCUCGAGCACAAUGCAAGUAUUGAAUUACUUUUAAAAUAUGAUGAAAAAGUGUAUGGAGUCUUGCCAGAUGUCCAAGUCACUGCCUGUGUGUGUCUGUGUAGGUGUGCUAUAUGUUCGAUGGUACUCCCUGAAUAGUGUUACGUGAAACUUUUGCAAUAGGAAACCUUUGGACAAAGGGCCUUCUGUAGGAGUUAGCUGUUGCUUUUUUUAUAAAGUGAAGACUUACAAGCUUUGAUUGGCUGGCUUUUUUAGUAAUGUAUAUAAAUAUAUACAAGAUGUAUUAUUGUGAAUCCCCCUCCUCCUACUCCCACUAAAUUGAAAGCACAAAUAGCUUACCUUUAUUUCUCCACAUAAAUGCCAAAUAUAUUUCCAGAACUCAUAACUAUGAAGUUGUACAAUGCAAAAACACUUAUUAGGUAUGUCAUUUCUCAUACAUUUCCCUCACUUUUUAAUGCACUUUCAUGUGGUUUUAUACAUAUUUUAGCUCAAAUUGGGACACACUUUGUUUUCGAGGUGUUAUAUUUGAAAUGUAAACCACUACCUAUAGUCAAGAGAAGGCAGAUUUUUGUUUUCAAAAUGACCCUUUUUUUUUUUUUAGGUCUGAAACGCCGUCAUGGCCGUCUGUUACUUUGUUUUGCCACUUGAUGUUGAAAAGCUUAUUUUGCAGCUACCACCAUACGUGUCUGCCCGUGACUACACAGUCAAGUUUUCUUUGUCUCCUGCUUUUUGAAGGGUUCACUAUCUUCUUUUAGUUGGGAGACCAACUGGCCCGUACAGAUGUGUAAACUGGGGCUGUGAAGUGUUAGCCAGGGCAGAGUUGUUUGAGGGAAUUUGUCAUGUGAGUUUGCCUUCUAAAUACUAAACGGGCAUAAUGACAAGUGUAUUUCAAUGUAUUUCACCUCUUUUUUUUUUUUUUUUGCCCUAAAUCUAGAGGUAGCAUGGGGGUGUUUUACAGGACUGGAUCAAUGAGCAGGCAUGCUCACUUUGUUAAAUUAACUCUUAACAUCAGUGUUUAGUUUUCCAUUAACGGUCAAACUACAAUUACAAAAUGCCAUCUCAUUGUUCC